AAGAAGACAUAGAUUCUACUAACCGAAACAAAUGAAUGGUGACAACGCAACAUCGAUAUUCCGAACGAAUUAUGAUUUACCAGUUAUACACAAUGCUACAAAAGAUAUAUUCUUGAAUGACGUGUAUCCAAAGAGAAAACCUGUUAUUUUGAGAGGAAUAGACAUUGGGCCAUGCAGAGAGAAAUGGUCAGUUGACCAUCUCAGAAAAUUUGGAGGGGACAAGGAGGUGAAGAUUCAUGUGUCCACUACUCCACAGAUGGAUUUUUUAAAGAAAAAUUUUGUUUACAGAUCAUUACCAUUUUCAACUUUUGUACAAAGGGCAGCAGAAGAAAGACAUUCCGAGUUUUUCCUUUCUGAGGAAGAGCAUUACUACCUGAGGGCUCUAGGGGAUGAUCCUAGAAAAGACAUAGCAGAUAUUCACCAUCAGUUCCCGGAGUUGGCUGCUGACAUCCACUUGCCCGAGUUCUAUGAGCCAUCCAAGUUCUACUCCAGCGUGUUCCGUAUAGCAUCACCAGGAGUACAGUUGUGGACCCACUAUGAUGUAAUGGACAACCUGCUUAUACAAGUCAAUGGCCGCAAGCGGGUGGUGCUUUUCAGCCCUAGAGAAGUGGAAAAUUUAUACUUGAAUGGAGACAAGUCAGAGGUCAUUGACAUCGACAAUCCUGAUCUGGAGCGGUUCCCCAAGUUUCCAGAUGCAGAACGACAUGAGGGAUUCCUCGACCCAGGCGACAUUCUCUUCAUUCCUGCCCUUUGGUUCCAUAAUGUGAUCUCCCUGGAGUUUGGUGUUGCUGUGAAUGUAUUCUGGAAACACCUCAGCCCAAACCUCUAUGACCACAAGGACACAUAUGGCAACAAGGACCCCCAGCCAGCCGCCAGAGCCACCCAGAUCCUAGACCGUGCUCUGAAGACCCUAGAGGAGCUGCCGCCCGAGUACCGGGACUUCUACGCCCGUCGACUGGUCACAAGGAUCCAGACCAAAGCCUACAUGAAACAGGAUGACUCUGUUUCAUGACAUCAGUGUUGUUUGCUAUUGUGUAAAUAAAUGCAAUUAAAUGUUUUUGAAGAAACCUAA